AUGGCGGAGGUGUACGAUCAGGAAGUGCAGCUCGAGAACCUCUUCAAGACCCUGUCCGAUGGAUUCAAGAAGCUGGACAAGCUGCCAGAAGGCAGCAAGCGCCAGUCCCUGCUCAAGGAGCUCACGGCGCACAUGCAGGAGGCCAAGAUCCUGAUCCGAGAGUUUGAGCGGGAGGCACGCCUGGACGGCCUGUCCCCCGAGGAGCUGGCGGCGCGCCGCAAGCAGCUGGUGCAGGAGCUGAACGGCUUCAUAGGGCUGAAGAAGGCUUACGCACACGGCCACAUCCCGGGGCGGGACGAGCUGAUGCAGGUGGGCCCCUCUGGGCUGCCCACCCAGGACACCAGCACCGUGUCGGACCUGAUGGUGUCUGGCCGCAAGGCCAUCAAGGAGACGGACGCCUCGCUGCUGCGCUCCGAGCGCAUCGUCAAUGACACGGUGGCGGUGGGGGCGCAGACCGCCGAGACGCUGCAGCUCCAGGGCCAGCAGCUGGGGAAGGUGCUGGACGACCUGGACGAGAUCCACUUCACCAUGAAGAAAGCGCGACAGAUCAUGCGGGACAUGGCCAAGUCGCUGGCCACCGACACCUGCAUCACCGUGCUCUUCGUCCUUGUGGCGCUGGGCAUCGUGGCCGUGGUGGUCCUGCGCGUCCUCAAGAGCAAGGGCGUCAUUGGGAAGAAGACGCCGCCGCCACCGCCGCCACCCGGGAGCGCGGCCCUGGCGGCGGCCAUGCCAGGACCAGCAUGGCUGGUGGGGCCCCUGGCGGCUGCGCUGGCCAUGGCCAUGGCAUUAUAG